UUUGCCGAGUCAUGCACACUGGCACUGAAUCUCGGAGUGAUAGGUGUUAAACAAAUAGUAGUACUAUAUUCGGUGUUUGCAUAAGGCUGCAGGUUGUGUUUGUUCGAGUUUACUAGAAGAACACGAUAUCAAAAAUGUCUGUCGCGCUAUACCUUGUUCUUUGUCUCUCGGCUUUCCACUGCACCGUUUCCGCAGAUUUGUUCUCGGAGUAUGCUCAUCAUGCAGUUUUGGACACAGCGGAGAAGAUAAAGUUGUUUUGGACCGUUGAUUGGGACGCUGAAAGCGUCUCUUUUGCCUUGGAGGCGGCCACCACGGGAUGGGUUGGAUUUGGGUUCUCUGGUCGUUCUGGGCAAAUGGUUGGCAGUGAUGUCGUGAUCGGAUGGGUCAAAGACAACAAGGGAUAUCUCACGGUGAGAGCAACGAUUUGAAUUCGCAGUCGUCGAUUGUCCUCUAGGUUAUAAAUUGAAUUUAGUAGACGUUUAAUGAGACAUAUGUCUUAACAAAGUUAAGCUUCCCAUUUGAUUAUUUUGUUUUCCGCGUAUAAUGAAGAACUGGGUGUCAGUCUGCGAGCAGAUGUUUCUUCAUCGAAGGUACGCUAGCUAGCCUACGGUGAGGAAAUCACCGCUCGCGAGAUCAGUAGUAUAAGAUUACGUAAACUGACGAAUGUUUGCAAAUAGAUGAAAACCCUCAUGGAAAUCUGGAAAACUUCAACGUUUUAUUUUUCAUAUAUGUACACCUCUAAGAGCAAGUAAAGGGUUUUUACAUGCCGUGCUUAAAAAUUCCUAUUGCCCAUUGGCACGUACCUUCAAGAUAAUGACGCGUAUUUAGGUCAGUAGUGAAACAAAUGGAAUAAAAUUUCAAUUCAUAGCUAUGUAGUUACGCUUGAAAAAAAUCCGCAAAGGUCACAAGGUGAGGUACAGCGAUUAUAUGCGAUUGCUGUUGCUACCUUAAUUUGUUUUGUCUUUUUUUUUUUUUUUACGCAGUGAUUAGGGUAGGGGGCGGGCUGGAGGGCUGGGGUGAAAUUUUCAGGACACAAAACGUGACUAUUGUGUUUCAUUUUUUCGGGACUGCGGGAGUAUAUGAACAUAUUUGUGGUUUCAAUUCCAAAUGAAUAAGAAGGAAAGAGUAAUAUGACAAUAGGUAAUGGACUUCAAGGAUUAUUUUCGAUGGCGUUCUAAUGUAAAUAAUGAUGACGGAAUUUUUUUAGAAAUCAGGUCUGAAAAUGGGUGUGGAAAAUGACAUUUUUGGUCUGAAAUAGAGCCAGGAUUUGGAAAGCCGAGCGGUACGCCUCCACCAAGAAUUCCCAGGAGCACCCCCCGGGCAAAUGUAGCAGGGAUCUUUAGGAUCACUAUAAAUACCUGAGUUCUCAGGCAAUGACGUAACAGGGCCAGUCUGUGCUGGGAGCUUGAUCAAAGACUUUUUUUGUGCGACACUCGUCAACCGGAAGUGAUGCCAGUUCUCCCUUUUAUGUGCCUUGACGCUAAUAAAUUUGUAUUGCUAAGUGUCUUUACUCUUAUAAGGACAAUUUACCCAAGCGUUUGAACCAAACCAGUGCCCAAUGAUGCAAAUAAAAGUCCACCUCCGGUUGACGUCCGUCGGUCAAAAACGCUGUUGCUUAAGCUCCCCAUUUUUUUAUGAAGGAAAUAACGGCGUAACGGGGUUUCUUCGUCUACCGAUCAAAUUGUAACCUGCUUCGCGGACGCUCUAAGCCGCCUGUAUGAUACGUGGGCCGGCUGCAACGCAGCCUAAUUAAACUGUUAAGACAGCGUAAUAUGCAGAACCAUACUUUAAGUUUCACCGAAAAGAAGUAACGCCUUAUUUGACUGUGAACCUGGGCAAGAGGUUUGAUCCAACGUCCUAUACGUAAAGAUCUGCGGGAGAGGGGUAAAGAGGGCCCUGACAAUCGUUACACCCGCAGGCAAAAUACAGCUCGACUGCACACGGUGUUCUUCAGUGUUUUUAAGACUUUUACAUGGAUAGAAGGGCAGAAGACGAAUUAUUCUUCUAGGCAUCUCAAGCGACAAACUGAGCCAGUCAACCCUUUUCAGACCAGAGGGGGUGGGAAAGGUUUUUGAGCCCGCCUCAAUUAAACGUUCAAGAAUAACUUCAAAACCUUUCAAGCUAUGACCUCUGUUUCUUUGAUUUAUUAAAACCUGACUUGUGCAUUCGGUCAAAUCGAUAAUCGAUUGAUUAAUUCGAAAAUCGAUAAAAGCCGAUAGAGGAAAAAGUUGUUGCUAAUGGAUAAUUACUAUAUUAAUCGAUUUUUAUCUUUAAGUUAUCGAUUUUCAUCGGCGCUUAAAUUUCCAUGUGUUUUAGCGGCUAAGGCAAGGAACGUUUCCGGAACAUAUUAAGUACAUUAUUUAUUUGGCUUUGGACGGAUAACUUUGUAGCAAUGUCUAUUUCAUAAAUUACACUCAAGAUUCUAACGAAACAUUUUCGGUCAAUCGACUGGAUAAAAAAAGAGUUAUAAAUGAAUAAACAACUGAUUCAGCUUGCUUGCAUUAGAAAUUGUUCAAUUGAACCCUAUAUUUCAAGCGGUGAGGAUGCUGUUCAGUAUACAGUUUGUCAGCAAAACCCUUGCUUCUCAGUUCAAAAAUCAUAUUGGAAAGCAUAAUCAAAAUCAUUCUUUAAAAAUGCAAAACAAAGUCCUUAGAUAAUCAACUUCGCAACUACAUGGAAAAGAGAAGUAGCAUGACCAUUAAACUUGAUAACAAUGUGAGGAAAAAUCAUCAUUUAAAACAGAAAACCUCUGCAUAAUUGCUAAAAUAACGCGUUCUUAGGUUUUGAAGCUCGAAGGCAAUAAAAGAUCAUGAAAUCGAUAAUAUGGCUCAAAUCGCGGAUAAAAUCGAUUGCGCUGACAGCGAAAAAAGCUGUUGCUAUCGAUUUUUAUCGAUUGACUGGUAUAAUCGAUAUCAAUCAAAAAGUGAUUAUCGGCUAUUAUCGAUUUAUCGAUUGAUUUUCCGGUAUGGUUUUUAUCGAUUGCACUAGUCGGGUUAUAGACAGCACUUUAAAGUCGUUGAGACGGUACGUCAACAUUCACCAUACCAUGGCGCCGGCAAGCGAGUUUUAACAUCUAUUUUUUAAAUUUUUUUAAUUCAUUCAAAAUAGUAGAUCUUUGGGAAAGCGGAUGGCUGAAGAUCUUUCUUUGAUAAUAAAUAACUGUAUCAUGACAUCAUUACUGUUGUUAAAGAUUAUUGAUAAGGUGGCUAAAAGGUCUUAUGAUUUUACUGGAAAUUUUACUGUUUAGGUUUUUUUCGGUUUAUUUUUGCUUUAAUUCAACAAUAUUACGUCAUAAUGGCGUCCAAUUCGUCAUUGAGUUAAUCAAGUUGUGUUGGAAAUUAUGAAGCUAUUACUAGUUCCCUGUAAUAUUGGUGGCCAUAUCAUGAUUUGCUCUUUAAGUUACAGAGAGGGCUUCCUUUUGUUGUCAGAAUAUUUAUUGGCGCUACUGGUCCUCGUGUCGUCGCAUAAUGCAUCGACACAUAAACUCUUCAUCUUGUAGGACCGUUAUGCUGAUUCAAAAGCAGUGCCGCCGAUUGAUGAUCAACAGGAUUACGAGCUCACAUAUUCCCAAGAAAGCAACGGGAGGACUUUACUGAAGUUCAAGAGAAAAUUUGACACAUGUGAUUCACGUGACAGGAAACUCGAGGUGAGUAUUUUUCCGUGCCGUUUUCUUUUGACUGAAAUUCCUUUUUCAUAAUACAAACUUUUCCGCUGAAAUGGUCAAGAAACAUUAUGGGCUACAGCUACGGCGAACAACCGUGAACUAGUUUGCCUCCUACCAGCUAACUGGGACUUUUUUUUCCCCCACCGCUUUUGUGUAAUAAAUACCGCCCACGGCAAAGAUGAUGAUGAUGACGAUAUUGAUGAUGAUGAUGGUGGUGGUGUUAUUAUGACGGUUUUCACAUAAACGCUCUCAAUUUGGCCAAACUGAUAUUUUAAGAAAACAAAACUGCAAUAACUGUGGACGAAGGUCCUGCUGGUUGUCAGCGCCGGAUCUUAACAAAAAAAAAGGAAAACAACAACAACAACAACAACAGCAACAAACAAAAACGAGAAGUUCAAAGACUACUGCGAAGCUGAUAACAAUGUGUAUUGUAUUUUAUUUUCUAAACAAUUUUUCGGCUGGCCAUACCAGCCUCCUCAGGUCUACAGAUGUUACUGUAGCGGAUUACACUUUCCAUUUCACCCCCUUUUCGACCUUUCGUACCGCACUCCCCAACCAUUCAUAAUGCUGGGAUACCCUGCUUGAGCGUCAACGCUGGAUACUACUGUACAGAGACGCUGGUUUUUAUCUCCAGACCAGGCGUGUUUACUACAGUGGAACCCCGUUAAUCCGGUCACCGAUGAGUAAAAAAAAAAUGGCCGUAUCAACGGGAUGACCGUAUUAUCGGGGCAGGCCCAAAUUUCUGUAAGGGCUGUGAUGACAAAUACACCGUACAUCGCAUUCGCAUUUCUUGAACAACUGGUCUCGUUAAUAAACAACCGGAAUGUAGAUAUCGCGUACAGUAAUUGAAAAUAACUACUUAAAAUUUUCCUUUAGUACUGAUAAAAUGCUUUUAAAAUUCGGCUAUAUCGCAACAACUGCACUUCAUGUGUACCAAUCGUAGACUAACAACAUUACAAGAACAGGCUCAGAGUACUAAUAAGCAUUUUAAUUUUCUGAAUUUCGAACAAGUAUCCGCAUUAAAAAAUAAAAAUCAUAAGAAAUUCUACUGUAUGAGAUUUCAAAUGUGGCCGUUGGCCGUAUGAACGAUUUAUUUUUUCCGGGCCGAAAAAAAGUGUCCGUAAUAACGAGGUGACCGUUUUACCGAGGUGGCCGUUAGGCGGGGUUCCCCUAUAUUUAAAACACGAAGCACCCUGGUGAAAGUCUUCUGCUUAAACUUGAAACUAUUCUCACAUGGAAAACACGCAUAAAAGCUCAAAUUAGCAUCAUUGCAGUUCCCAACAUUUUCACCCGUGGCCUGGGAGAAUAAUACAUAGAAUACCCACAGACCUUGUCCCUCAGUUUAAAGAGCAGUCUGCUUGAUUAUUCAGCCAGUUCUAGUAAAUUUUAGAACUGGGCACCCUCGAUAGCAGUUCUCACCCCACUCUCCUUGGGCAUACCUCAUAUUCUCUGCUCGUCCACCGACUCGCAAAGCCUCGGGCUAAUUUUCCCACAGUUUGUGCAAGUCGAUGACCACUCAUCAGCACUAAUCAGUACUACUUACAGGGUUCCUCAAGGAUCAACUCUAAGACCGGUUUUGUUCAACCUUUACGUGAAUGACCUUUCUUCUGCUCUUCCAUCUGAAGUUGUAUGUCAUUAGUACGCGGACGACACGGCGAUGUAUACUCAUUUCCCCGGGGGGUUGGGGGGAGGGUACUCCCCUAUAAAAGAGACGGGGGCGCUCGUCGCAAAAUUUCGAUAACACCCCUAAAAGGUACCAGAAUCUUGUUUUAUGGGCGUGUCCCAAAUUCAUUUACACCCCUAAGAGGUACCAAUUCAACAACAACAAAUGUUAUAACUGGCACUGCAAAUUUUAAUAGUAAUAAAGAUAACUUUCGAACACUUUCAUCGUCAUCUGAAAGUAUUGUCAUGAAUCGUUAUCCUAAUCAGUCAUUUUAGGUUUUAGCACUUUAAGGGGUACCAAUCCACAAAUAUAAACCCCUAAAAGGUACGACGAGCACCUCCAUCACUUUUAUGGGCUCAUUUCAAGCCAUCUGAUCUUCAAGUCGACCAGUCGGUGAUUCAAGACGGGCUAAACAAGCUUUCAGACUGGUCCUUAGAAUGUAAGCUAGCUUUGAAUCCAAAGAAAACACAGGUGAUGAUGCUGUCAUUAGCUCAAAUGUCCAGGGCAACUGGACUUAAGACAUGUUUACUUAAUCCCACGGUUAACGAGAAAAGGCUCGAGCGUGUCUCAAACUUUCCUCCAAGUCAAUCAGCACCUCAACUCGAAGGAGGAGAUUAACUUGAAGAUCUCCAGCUGCUACGCUACACCAGCUGUAAUUAGAAAAUUAAAGCACUCAACUCUCUUCCAUAUCCGAAAGCAACUGGCGGAAUGCCUGAUUUUAUCGAAAAUUGACUACAAUGACAUUGUUACUCAUGUAAUCCUGUGUCCGUGUCCAGUUGGCCGCUGCAGCUUUCGUUCUUGGGCGCUAUGCGCAUACGCCGGAUGUAAUCAAACUAGGAUGGAUACCAAUAAAGGAAGGCAGAGAGAAUCAUAUUUUACUUAACACUUUUAAAGCCUUGCAUUACAAUGACUGGCCGUCCUAUCUAAGCUAGACACUCACAACCCAUCUCGGACACUGAGGUCUUCGAAAGAAACGAGGUUAAAAUUCUCCCUUGUGUCGGGUACUUUCCAGGACAGUGCCUCUAAUGUUUUUAAUUCAUUACCCUCUGCUGCAAGGAACUCUGUAGUUUUCACUGAUUUUAAAACUCAAGUGAGGAAGUAUCUGAUAAAUAGGGCAAACGUACAUUUGAUUACUUGAUUUGUAUAUAUUCUAGAUUACUUCAGCUUUUUAUUACUAUAGCUUUUUAAUAGCAUUAUUAUUAUUAUUAUUAUUUUUAAUAUUCAUGUAAAUUAUAGGUGAAGAGCACCUUUCACUUUAUUAGAAAGUGAUAAUGGCGUGAGCUUGUAAAUUAGUAUUUUAGAAUCUUUUAAUAUUUUUAUUUCAUCAAAAUUGUUUUAUUAUUAUUAUUUAUUAUGAUUAUCAUCAUCAUCAUCAUUAUUUUAAUAUCUUAUACAUUUAGGCUCAUUUGGCUUUGUGUGCUGGUGUUCCUGGUGAGAAUAUAUUUUACCAAAAAAAAAAAAGACGAGGUGGGAGAACAAUACGCCAUAAAAAAUAUCCUACCCAACUGAAAAGACUGAAAAGAGAAAACUUGCAUCACUGCAUCAUUAGAUCACAUCCCAUGUUUCCUGAAGCUUCCCAACGGAAUGUCAGAAAUUUUAUUUUCCAACCGAAAUUUCCGGUUUUUCCCAGGUAACCUGUAAGUACCCGAGGACACCGGGGGCUGAUCGUGUACUCAUUACAAGACUCGACCUUAAUUUCGCCCCUAAAUUCAGUAGUGGAGAGCAGACCAAAUUCUUGAUAAAGUGUGGUAUAAAAGUGUUGAUGAUCAUGAUUUUCUAUUAACAAAUUACUCUCAUUACAGGUUGGUUCUGCAAAGGUUGUGUUUGCAUAUCAUUCUGAGGAUCCCGUAUCACCAAUGGAUAUUAAACAUCAUGAGUUUAGAGGCGUUAAAAGCAUCCUUUUACUGAGCAGUGUGGACACAAGAAACACCAGCGAAACCGGAUGGAUGAAGAUCGAUUUGACUGCUAGAAAUGUAAGAAAAAAUGAAAAGAAAAACUGUGAGCUAUAAACAUAAAUUUGUUUGUUAAGAAUUACGAUGAAUUACACUUUUGCCAUCAGGUGAGUCCAGUUGCCUACGCUUUUUUUUUUUUUUUUGGGGGACUCCCAUAUGAAAAUUACGGGGAUGUUCGUCGUAUCGCUUCGUGGAAACUCGGCUAGGGUGGUCUCAGCUUAGAUGUUUAGGACGGAGAGCAGUUUAUGACGCAUUAACAGUUGAAUACUUGUACAAUCAAAGCUCUCGUAAGAGUAACACUUGAGGGCACGCUGAGUGAAUAAAACAUAAUGAUAAUAAUAAUAAUAAUAAUAAUCUUUAUUGAGGAUAUCAGUUUCACUGAUAAGUGAUUUACAAAAGAGUCCUCAAAUUAGGUGUUUUUGACAGGUUUUUGCAUUUAUGCAUUUAUUAUUCUUUUUAAAAUACAUAAUCUGUUUUGUCGGAGACUAGUUGGCCCCACUAGCGACAUACCUCUUUCCUUCUUUUCUUUAAUUCCAGAGUAUAGAACUCCUCGUUGUAUUUCAGGUGCAUAUUCUUUCGUAGUUUCUUAUUUUGACAUUGAUAUUUAUUUUCCUUAAGAUGACAAUACCAGGAAAUAAAUCAACAACCUAUUGGUGUACUCUACUGAAAGGUCCAGAGCUGAAAUCAAAACACCACAUCACUAAGGUACUUGGUUGAAAAGUGUACAAUGAUUCAUGCAUAACUGUAAAAAACUAAUUACCCACACCUCGUAAAAUGAAAAUAUGCCAUAGACGUUUUAACGUGAAUUUGGCGUUAGAUUAGGUUAAACUAACGGACGCAAGUGGAGUGUUUUCAAAAGAUGCUGCAAGGGGUGGUAAACGUGGUAAAUGUCUUCGAUGAGGCCAAAUGAGGGUGGGGACGGGGGAGGGGGCGGGGGCGGGGGUAAAGGAUAUGGACCCAGUUGGUGGUUUAAGUGAGCUUUGGUAAGGAAUAAAAACAAAAUGAAUAUGAAAUAACCAAAAUUUGGCGGACAGUUAUGGAAUAUACUGAAAAUUUCCAGCAAUUCUACAUGGGAUUCUGUUGACUUCCUUUCUGUAAAAUUCUACCACACAAAAAUAUACUUUAGUACAAUUUAUGUUAUUUUAAUUUGUUGAAGAUCGUUCCUCUCAUUCAAGAAGAAAACGAAGGUUUCGUCCAUCACAUGGUCAUGUACGAAUGCUUUGGUAAUUUUACUGAGAAAGACUUCGACGAGGGCGUAUCAUGUACCAGUCGAGCUAAUAUGCCUUAUCAGAAGUGCAGGCGUUAUGCAAUGGUCGCUGCCUGGGCAAUAGGAGGACAGGUGAAAUAUUCAUUAAUUAGCAAUUGGCAGCAGUUUUCCAUUAUCUGUACUCCUAUCGACCAUAGAAAUGACGUCAAAAUGUUGAAAACUCAACUGCAAAGAAUUGAACAUUUUGUCGUUUCUAUAGUCGAUAAGAGUAAGGACCAUGAAAAGUUGUUGUCGAUCUGUUUUAUUAAAAAAAUACUGAAAGUUUUGACAUGCAUUUUCGUUGAAGUUUCUUGGUAAAUCACAAGCGCGAGAAAGAGAAUAAACACAAUGUGCCACUGUCACUUCAUUUCCACGGUCUGCACUCUUAUCGAACAUAGCUUCUGACCAAUCAGGGUGCGAGAAAUCUUUCAGUUAUCCUGAUAAGUAAUUAAACAAUCAUUGUAUUUUCUCUCCUUAAAAGCUCAACUCGUUUUUUUUUUGUUGCUAUUUAGCCUGAGAGAACAGCCGACGUUUCUUGACGCCACCACUUGUUUCCCCAUGAAAUGACUUCUGAGGAACGACCGCGGAAAUUCCAUACUGAUGACGUGUCACUACCCAGAUCUGGGUAGUGUUUCUGAUGGGUGAAAGCAAAUUUCUCUCGCGCCACGACCAAUCAGAAGCAUAACUCAGAUCUGGGGAGUGACACGGCGUCAGAAAUUUCUGCAGUCGUUUCUCAGACGUCAUUUUGCGGGGCAAGCCAUUGGUGGCGUUACUAAAUGCCGACUUUUUUUUCUCAGGCUAUCGCUAUUCGGACAACGUGAAGCGUCCUCCAAUAAAUUUUCUUCUUCUUCUUCUUCUUCUUCUUGUCCUUGUUGUUGUUGUUGUUGUUCUACUUAUCCUUGUUGUUGUUGUAAGUUUUUCUUCUACUUGUUCUUGUUCUUCUUCUUCUACCUGUCCUUGUCGUUGCUGUUGUUCUUCUACUUGUCCUUGUUGUUGUUGUUUUCUACUUCGGUUCUUGUUGUUGUUCCUCUUCUACCUGUCCUUGUCGUUGUUGUUCUUCUGCUUGUCAUUGUCAAUGUUUUUGCUUUUGCCAGUCUUCUUCUUCUUUUACGUGUCCUCGUUGUUGUUGUUCUACUUGUCCUUGUUGUCGUUCUUCUUCUACUUGUCCUUGUUGUUGUCCCUGUUGUUACUGUUCUUCUUGUACACGCCUUGUUGAUGUUGUUAUCUUUCUACUUGUCCCUGUUGUUGUUGUUCUUCUGUCCUUGUUGUUAUUGUUGUUGUUCUUCUUUUACUUGUCGUUGUUGUUUUUGUUCUUCUUGUCCUUGUUGUUGUUAUUGUUGUUCUACUUUAAUUUCCUUUACUCGGUAUUAAUCUUUUCGUCUUUUUACGUUUCUCCUCAGGGUCUUUUUUAUCCUCCACAUGUAGGUUUGCCGAUCGGAUCAAGUGACUCGCCCAAGAAUUUUCUGCUAGAAACACAUUACGACAACCCAAAACUUGUUAAAGGUUUAUUCAUUUUUAUUAACAAUUAAUGCAUUUAUAAUGAGUGUUUUUUCAACAAAUACUACAAUAUUUGUCCUAGCUUAAUCAAAAAGCGAUUAGGUGGCCCUUAAAAAAUGCCUUCCAAAUUAUGUCAUGUAAGCAAAAUUCAACUUAAAACCUAUGUCAAAUGAGUAUACAGCUAUUUCAAGAAAGGUUGUCGGAAAAAGUGCACGCGACAAUCCCGAAAGGUAUUGUGGGUGAUUUUGAGCUCACUGUUUUUCAAAGAAAUUUCAAAGACUGGCAGGAGAGGCCAGAGACGUAUGUUUGCGUGUGCUAAAGGAAAGUAACAAAAGUAGGUUCGACAGCUACAGUGUCAAGGAAAAGUGCAUUGAUCAUAUCCCAUAUUACCUUUGGAGAUUGUCGCCUGCACAGUUUUUCCGACAAACUGCCUCGAAAUAGCUGUUUGCGUUAAUAAAUCAACUGAUUUGCAUUACUAACAAUGCGUGUCUCAUAUUACACCAAAGCUUUUCGCGCGGAUUAUAAUUUCGCGGAGUACUAAAAUUGGCGCACCCAGCGCUGUGCGAAAUCUAGUACUGCGCGAAUUUUAAUAUAAGUAAGGUAUAUAGUUACAAAGUUUUGAAUUGAUACACCUAAUACCUUGUCAUAGGAAAAUUAGAUGAUGAUAAUAAUAAUGAUGAUAAUAAUAAUGAUGAUAAUAAUAAUAAUAAUAAUAAUAAUAUAAAAAAAUGGUGCAAAGAACAGAUCAAUUUUUUAUAAAAAUGCGUAAUCAAGUUGCCUUUUCUAUUGGAAUAAGUAAAAACACUCAAACACGAAAACAAACACUACAGCAAUUUUAUUUUACUGGAAAAUGGUGCAAAGAACAGAUCACUUUUUAUAAAAAUGCGUAAUCAUGGUGCCUUUUCUAUUGAAAUAAGUUAAUUUGCACUUUACUGUAGCAUACCGAAGUGCCUAAAAAAACUGGUACUCUCAAUUAUUAACAUGGCUAAUUGAAUAUUCUAUCGACCCUGAUUUCUCUAAUUCUCGGAAACUAUUUUUGCUUUCCCUUUUAGAAUUCGAGUUAACGGAUUCCCACUGUAUUUCAACUUUGGACUUUUGAAUACAUCCAAAGUUGGAGCACCUUGGGUGAAUGCCCAACUGCUUAACUGAUCUUUCAUUUAAUACCCGGAUUGAUUGGUCUAAAAAAUAUCAGCAUAUACCAAGUAGAUAACAUGGAAAAGUAUCAGUCAAAAGUCAGAUUAGCUGUAAUCGGCAUUUCACGACUCCUUUGGCCAAAACCCUAUGAACGCCAUACAGAAUUGGGGCUGCACUGGUAUGACAUCUCUUAAAGGAAUGGCAGCCUAAUAAAGGCGGAAAUAACAAACUAAACCUAACUCUUUGGGAUCUCUAGGAAAAGGAGACUGCAACCACUAAAAAGACGCCAGUUCUACAAUUUUCGAUAAUUUUGCCGCGUAUACGGUGGCUUCUUAAUACAGGAUUGGACUGUUCAAUCCCUUUAUUCCUCAUAGAGUGAUUGAUUUGUUCUAAGGUCAAAAAGACAGCUCUGGCCUCACUAUCUACUACACAGACAAGCUGCGAAAGUAUGAUGCUGCGAUUGCAGCUGUUGGUGUCGCAGUAAAUCGCUGGCACAUUAUUCCUCCUAAGCAGGAAAACUGGAUAUCUGUUGGAUACUGCAUGCACCAGUGCACAGAGGUUAGUUUCUAAGACGUUUUUGGUCGAUAAUGUUAAUGUUAAGGCAAUUCCCUUGGAAAGUAUGUACAAUCCAUAGUGUUUCCUAACUUGGCACAGUUAACAGCCGUAUAAGACGUUAAAAAAUGUAAUAAAAAUCUGUGCUUAUAACAGGACUAAAAAGCGUUUUAAAACAAGGUACAUAACACUGCUUGCUGAUCAAAAUACUUUUUGAAUUUUGCUCUUUUUUUAAUCCUCAAAAUGUCGCACAAAGACGAAUUUAUUUCAAAAAUCAAUACAAGGUAGUGGAGCUUGUUAGCGGAUAUUCUUGGGUUUACAGGUAGAUGGGCCUAUAUCAGGCGUGCGCGUGUGUGUGUGUGGAGAGGUUAUAAGUUGAGGGGGGGGGGGGGGCUUUAAAGCGGCAGUUUGCGAUACAAACGAUCGCUAUUAAAGUGGACUCGGCAAAGAGGGUGACCCUUCUUCUCGAAACAGGUUUUCUUUAAAUAAAGAUAUUAGAAAAGUUCAAUUAGCUUACUGUUUUGUGAAGGUUCUCAGGAAUGUAACAUGCUUAAGUCGGCGCUCAAUGCAUGUCUAUCUUCAGGCCGCUAUUUAUUUUGCAAUAAAGUUUAGCAUUUCAAUUAAUCCAACGGCGUCAUCACUGUUUCAGGACUUGUUGAAGAAUACUGGAUUACCUGAAGGCGGGAUUAACAUAGUUGCUGCAGGACUACACACCCACUUGGCAGGUAAACGUGAUAGAGACUAAAUUGUAUAACCUAAUGUAAGGAAAUUCGGAUUCCGGAAAUCGGGUAAAUUUGUAUGGAAUCCGAAAUCCUGGAAAAUUUUGAUUGUGGAAUCUGGAAUCCUGGGUUUUGGCUCGAGGAAUCUGGAAUCCCACUAACGAUUGAAUUCCAGAAUCCAAGUUCCACUGACUGUAAUCCAGUACCUCAGGAAUCAACGGGGACUCCAAGGCGUGGAAUCCAGAAUCCACGAUUGCGUUGGAUUCCUUUACAUGGGGCGAAUUGUCGAUUGCCUGCCCUUUUACCCGACAGUCAGCCAUAAAGAGCAAGAAAAAUUGUUUAAUAUCACGACUUAACAAGAAAGAUGGCAAUGCCACUGAUGAUGACGACUAUGAUAUUUUGUUGGUUUUAUUUAUGAAGAAAGGAUCAAUUAACAUUAUUGUUGCUUUUGAUGUUGAUGCAGAUUAAUCCGUUCUGUUUUGCUCUGUUUUUGUGCUAAAAGCCCACGAAACCUUUAUUUUCGGAACAUUUUUUCCUUCAGGACGUGCAAGCUGGACUAAGCACGUUCGUAAAGGAAAAGAACUUCCUGAGAUUGCUCGAGAUGAUCACUACGACUUCAACUUUCAGGUGUGCGAAACAACAAUUUAUCUAGAGAAAUACUUUCCCGAAUAGGUGAUUCUUGUUAAAAGGUAACACGCAGAUGCUUUCAGUUUACUCGAACUCAUAAUAGUAGCACUUUUAUGUGACAGAGUGUUUUCCUUUUUUUAUAGGACACACAAAUGUUAAGAAAAGAAAUAAACAUUCAGCCAGUAAGUAAUUACAAAACUAUGAUUUCAUGAUGCACUCGAGGAGCAACUUAAAAAAAAAAACAAAACAAAACAUGAAAAAAAAAAAAAAGAAAAAAAAAACGGUUAUCAGAUUUUUGAUCAUUUAGCACGUUAGAACUGCGUUUUGAAAAACCGGCUGAGUAGAGAUAAUUCAAAUGAAAUGGCAAAUUAUCAAUAUUUUCAGGCACAGUUAAAUGAAAAAACUGUUCAGAUGCGGAUGAGAUCACAUCACUCGUUCUGUCAGUAUUGUAUACCCCAAAACAGUUUUAUUGGUAAAACAGUUAUUGGUUGCUUCUUUUCUGGCAUAUAAACCUCUUAUUUGCCAAAGCUGUACUGUACAUUGCGGACCGACAACCCUGGUCAAAACUCUUGGGACACUAACGUAAUAGCUCGUGAAAAUGUGGCAUCUUUCCCCCCUCCCCCCCCGGUGCAGUGUUGACGUUAUGCAUUCAAGUUUUAAUUCAACACAAUCAACACUUUUUGGGGGAGAAGGGGACAGCAGAAAUAUCCCCUCAUAACAACAUCCCGAGCUUUUUUUUUAGAGGUAGAAUAUGAGUUAAUUUAGCAAAGUGCCUCAUUGCGCCUAAUUUCCUCAAGUCUCCCAAGACGUUUUGACUAGGGUUGUAGUUUUUCCCGCGAUUUAUGGUACGAGCGUAAAGUGUGAGGGCUUUAAAUCGUUGGGAAAAGCAAGGAUAUUCGAUCCGUAAUUUAUUAACAGUACAGACCAAGAAAACGAACUUUUUGAAUGUUUUUCUGAGCGUGGAAAAAACCCUGAAAAAAGAGCUUUCAGUCUUAUGAAUCGGCUCCUGAUGACAGUCAGGCUUUAAAAAAUCUAAAGCAAGAAAACAAAUGCGCAUUUCUUGUUAAAGGAGCUGUGUCACAAAAUUCAGUCAAAUUAGGUAACUACAAAAUGCCCGUUAAAUUAAAAACGUAAAAAUAACCGCUUAAAACAUUAAAGGAAGGUUAAAGUAACACAACAGAUACAACAGAUGCCACGGAUGGACAAAACUGAAGAAGAUUGAAAUGGAUUGAAAUUAGGGUUUUUGAAAACUGUUCAGCCUAACAGUUCUUCAGAGUUGAUCUCUGCUGUUUGCAGCUUCAAAUCUCUGAUUUUGUCAUUUCCAUGUAAGUUCUUUUCUUAUUUUAAGUUCCAUAACGAUUGAGGGCGAGUAAUUGGAGAAAUUAAACAAAAUGAACUGGACUGCCGUGACACAGCCCCUUUAAGAAGGGUUCUAGUUUACCUUAAAUAAAACUAAAUUUUCAUUCUGAGUUUGCUUCUUUGUUACUAGACACGCUUGGAAAGAGGCAUAAUUAAAGGAAAGUGAAAGAUCGUUGCCCUUAUACUUUGGUCCGUAGCCUGAGUAGACUGUUCACAGUCCCCUAUUUUUUCUUGAGAUUGUCGAGAUAUAGCGCGCCUUACUGUUAAUGGCGGCCAUCUUGAUUCUCAAAUGUACCGACGGGGCGGGCGUCAGGGAUUAUAGUUCCAGGGUGAGGUGGGUUUUCUCGCUUCCUUCCAAACCGCCCCCACCCCUAAGUAGUUUUGACACUCAUACAAGAUGGCAGCCUGAAACGCAAAGCGCUCGAUAUUGACGAUCUUACGGAAAAAUAGAGGAGUCUGAACAGUCUGUAGACCGAGUUACGGACCGAAAAUUAACCAGUCAGGCAAAAGAGAAUUCACUUAGCAACAAAAUGAAUAAUAAUAAUUAUUUUUUUUAGGGAGACGACAUUAUUCAUUACUGUCAAUAUGAUUCAAUGGACAGAGAUAAACCGAUCGAAGUAAGUUCAUUAACUUGUCGUUUCCUCGGAAACAAUUUUCACAGGAAAAAAGCUUUCUAGCAAAAUAACAGUACUCAUGGAAGGAAAGCGAAAGGGGAAAGCAACCAACCAACCAAAUUAAAUAAUUAUAUAAAUGACCUGUUAUAUUAAUGCAUCAAAACUGGUAGCCAGCAUAAUACUAUACUUUCAAACGUAGGUAGUUGGGUAUUUCUUUUUUUUUUCUUUUUAGUUUGCCUUGUUUGUUUAUUUUCUUUCUGGCAAGAUAGUGACCAGAAAACGUCCUGAUAAGCUUUUUGGCGUCUAUGGCAAAAUUUUAGAGGCGAAUGGCCCAAAAUAAUUAAACAGUAACGAGCCAAAAAAAAAAAUAAUAAAAAAAUAAAUAAUGAUAAUAAUGAUGAUAAUAAAAUAAUAAUAAGAUAUCCCUCAACCCCUCCUCUGAUUAAAACUAGCUUGACAGAACUUAAAUUGUAAAGCGUUGAAGUCAACUUAACAUUUUGCCGUAGAACGCCGUUAAGCUUUCCGAGACGUUUUAAAAACGGGAUAAACUUGAAACAAGAAAAAAAAAUAUAUAUUAAUAACGGUAUCGAAUAAAGCCGUAGGAAGAGAUAAGAUUUCGUUCUCGAUAUAUAGAUGCGAGUUUGAGACAAAUCGAAGUAAGCGGAUUCUACGUUUUAAAUUUCCUCAGAGGAGACUGUAUUUAGACCAUGAUUUAGACUUAUUUACAGUAGAUAGAUUCGCUUUAUGUUUAUUCUUUUUUUUCGUUCAUAUGUUUAGGGAGGUGACGGUACAUACGAGGAAAUGUGUUUGGACUUCUUACUUUACUAUCCUCGUGUUAAAGGCCUCAAAUGGUGUGACACUACGUUAUAUGAACCUUCGUGGCAACUGGUUGACAAACUAUAGUAAGUAUAUUAUUUUAUAUUUUAUUAGUCUCGCUUACGUAAGCAGCCAGACUCAUAAUCUGCUACGCGUUUUUCACCCAGUGGGUUACUCUCCAUUUAGGUAUGUGCGGCGCCAAACGGUAUAUGGUUUUUUAGGCGUUUUGGUCUUAGAUACUGGGUAUCAAUUUUGACUAUUUAUUUUGGUCUUAAAUAGGGUGUGGUUUGUGCAUUCUAGUCUUGAAUUGGGUAUGCUUUUUAGAAGAAGCUACUUCUUCAUCAUUUGACGAUAAGACCAUUUCCCUUUUAAUGUUUACACCAACCGUGUACGUGCGUAACAGCUUGUCACGCGCUCAGGUCGAGCGCCUGGCUCCAGGGCUUCAGGACUGAAGUAGGGUAUCAAAUUUUUGAUCAAGUCUGAAAUAGGGCAGGGAAAAUCGCAGAUUUUGGUCCGAAAUAGGGUAAGGGUUUCAGGAAGUGUGUCGCACAGCCCUACCCAAUUUUUCUGGAAGUACUCCCCCGGGGUUUUUCGUCGUAUUUUAUACUCAAAUGGAACAUCAGUGUGCCAGGCGUUCCUAGCGGAUACCGUGGAAACUGGGACUAAGAAUCGUUGCGUGAUCGAAGCCACGCAUGUUUUGCCAAGAAAGCUUAGGAAAGAUUAAAUUUAGAGCUUUUCCGAAACGUGUCGGUCCACGAAUUCUAUCGCUUGAAAGCGUUGAUUACUCUGGAACAAGUGAACACUCAGUGACUGGUCGAAAAAAAAAAAAAGAAUCUUCAUUAGCAAAAUUGCUAUGGUCGGGUAUAGUAAACUUUCAUUGUAUGCAAAUGAGUCUUGUGAUGAGUAUGCGGUUUAUUUUCGGCGAUGAUUAAAAUGACGUGCCAUGUAAAUCACUUUUUUGAUCUCUGGCAAUGAUACAAUUUCUCUGGAACUUCCCUUAAAUUUUCGUGUAUUUAUACACGUGUAUAGCCUGCGACCGCAGACGUAUUUCCGGUCGUCGCUAACACGCGUACUAAAUCAAUUCAGAAACAGGUAAAAAGUAUCGACGACGAUGAAGUAGGAAGUGAAAAACCUUAAGCGAGUAAAUCCUGUUUGUUGUAGAAUUAAGCUCCUCCUCAUUUCUCGAUCUAAUCUUCAAGCAAGCGAGACGGGAAGCUGCUGUAAGCGCGUUUUUGUUGAAUUCUUUAUCUCGAAUAAUGUAUUUCUGGUUUUCUCAUUGGUUCCCUGGGUCUCGGUUAUCAGUCUCUUACCGACGUCUGACCCGAUGUGGAAAAUUAGUGCAACAGCGGGAGGGAUGAAGUCGGACCGUCCUACAGCGUGAAUCCUGCACAAUUACAGUCAGAUGACUUUUCUAAAAUUAAUUAAAAUUGUGCAAGACUUAACUAACUAACUAACUGACUGACUGACUGACUGACUGACUAAAUGACUGACUGACUGACUGACUAAAUGACUGACUGACUAAAUGACUUACUAACCAACAGUUUAACUAGCUUAUAAUUAAGCCAAGUAUCGAACAAAUGACUUAUGAUAAGUAACCAAACACUAAAGAAAUAUUGUAAAACUUCAUUGCCUUUUUUUAAGAGUCUUUCGCCAUACAUACUAGUUCCUAGAGAAAAUUUUACUGAGGCAAAGGCCCCCUAAACUACUUUUACCAGUAUUACUUAUAAUAUUAAUAAUAGUAAUAAUAUUUAAACAAGUAAAAUAAUACAUGAAUAAAUAGAAAUGCGGAUAAAUAAUAAUAAUAAUGGUAAUAACAAUAAAAAAUUAAUUAUUUAUGUAGUUGAUUUUCAGGUUUUUGUUACCUCAAUGAUCUAAAGAUUUCAUUCUUUUGUAUUUUUUAAACAACACCAACGACAACAACAACAAAAAGUCCAGAGGCAAACCGUUCUGAACGUUUAUACUAUAGACCUGUAUAUAGGGACAUUAAUUGGCAGGAUGCAGAAUUGGCGAAUGACCUCAGAAAGUACGAAAGUGAGCUUGAUACUUUGAUCCCUGGAUGUUGGGAAAGAAACGCAACCUCCUUAGCGGUGAGUAUCGAUUGACUAACUUGCUCUCGUUAUGGAUCUGAAAGAGCAGUCAUCUAAGGCUAAACAAACAAAAAAUAAAACGAAGAAACUUAUAAAGUUUUCGUACCAUCGGAUGCUAUGCUGUAUUGGAUAGUGGAUAGCUCUUGUGGCGGCUCGAAAACCAAAUCGGAUGGGAGCGUUUUGCACACCUAUAUCAGCGGCGUUUUCGAAGCGGUUUCUGUAACGGAGCGUAACUGCUCCGAGCCGAUCUAUCGUUAUCGUUGGUGACAGUGAAGUCAGGUGUUCAUGCCGGGCUAGCGUAGUAUACAUGUCGACAUGGUAAGCUAUCCGGUAUAUACCAGAAACAUUUGAGGAACAUCUUUUAUGAAUAAACCUUGUUUCUACAAUAAAAGAGCUACAUUUCGCGCGAUGCCAGUGCUUUAGAUCAGAGGAAAUCCGCUGAAGUACAUUCUCCUGAGAGAAAGAAAGAGAGAGAGGGUCCAGAGUUGUUUUUUAAAAUUAUUUAUUUAUUAUUAAUUUUGCCGGGGGGAGGAAGAAGACGUCCAGCGAGUAUUGUUUAAGAAGAGGCGUCGACAAUUGCAAAUGGAAAGGAAUCUUAAGCCUUUUCCUCUGUCCCGGUCCGAAACUGGGAUAUCAUCAAAGCACAAUUAAAUUCCUUUCAGUUGCUUCCUUCCGAGUUUUUUUAAAUAUAUUUUUUUCUAUUUUUUUUUAGGACGUUAAGGGUCCCCAUGCAAAGCUCAGAGUGCCGAUACCUAGAAUCACGGAACCACUACCCCCUGGGAAGACGUGUCCUGUUGAGACAUCUGGUGCUGGCAUGACUAUCUCCUGCGCCACCUAUUUUGUUGUCAUCCUGAGUGUAGUGUUUCCUAAGCUCUACUUUGAUUAAAGUGAUACAAUGAAACAAAGCUCGGUAUACUUCAGUAUGCUCGGCAAACUUCAUAUCUAACAAAAUCUACCUUCUGCCUGGCUCAACUUAGAAUACUUUAACAUUUUUCAGAGGUGAAAUCAGUGCACGAAUACGAAUUAUUUUAGAAUAUAUCAACUUCAACAGGUUUAGUGUUUCUUAAGCUCUACCUUGAUUGAAGUCAUUGACGUGUAUAUAUAAGCCUAGUAUACUUCAUGUCUAAGAAUAUUUCUGACUGAGUCAACUUAAAGUACUUAACACUUUUCAGAGGUGAAAUCAGUGCAAAAGCACAAACUUUUUUCAGUUUAUGCCAUUUUUGCGAAGUCUUAUAACAGUAGCUAAUAGUGUUUCUUAUACUCUACUUUGAUUGAAGUCUUGAAAUAAAACAAAGGCUCAAGAUCUGU